AUGAAGAUACAAAUAGAAGGAUCUGAAUUGGUAGAUUCAUUACCAUAUAUCGAUGCACCUAUUACCGAAGGUGAGCAAGCAAUUAUAAAUGAAAUGAUAAGAGAAGAAAUGACAAAGUUUGUACCACCAGAUUACCUAUCACAAUUACCUUUACCACAUAGUUUUAAUUUCAAUGUACGUAGUCACUAUAAAUCAUUCGAUUAA